GUUGAACUGGUUGACAGCACAGGAGUUCCCGCGCACUUCCGCUGCCAUAAAAAUUGGUUAGGGUUUCAGUAUCGUUUUCAAGAAGCUUUCACUCAUCCCGAGGCAGAAGACGAACCCACCCAUUUCUCUACUUGAGCUUCUAAAAUGUACUCCAACCCAGGCGGGAAAUUCACCGAUCAAGAACACCCAGUUGAGGAGGUUUACAGAAGAAGAAAACCCAGAAAGCCCACUCCAGAUGAAGAACCCUUAAGGGAAUCGAAUUCGAGUCGAAAAGAGAAGCUUAGGGUGAGUUUGGCUGCUGCUGCUCCGGUUAAGCGAAUCAGUUGGAACCGUUUUCUUUCCACAAGAGGGAGGACAAGUAUUGCUGUUGGUGCUUGUUUGGACUAUCAGCCUCCACGGAAGAAGGCCAAAAGGAAAGGAAGACCUCCUCGUCCCAAAAGUAAGUACAACUUUGAAAAGGAACGAGCUUACUUUGAGAAGCUUGAUGAAGAGGAAUUGAUAGAGGAGAGCCCCUCGCCCAUACCCCGCACAUGGGUUGCUGGAAUCCCAAAGGGGAAUGUUGAAAUACCCAAGUUGUGCUCAGCAUUAGAGAAAUGGUUAUUAUCCAAGAAGUUCAAUUUCGGUUUAGGGUCUUCCAACACUUUGGCUAGGAUCCUACAAUCUUCAGCCAUGCGGCCCUCGCCCAUUGGUGGUAUCAAUUUUGAACCUUCAAGUUUGAAAACCCCAGAAAGAUCUUCUAGAGUCAAUUCUCGCUUGUCUUCUGGCCAAAUUUGUUUUGAUUUGAGUUUGCUCGAUGGAAGUGUGCAUGAAAGGAGCACCCCCAAAUCACUUCCUGGUGUGGGCAAUGGGGAUUGUGAAGAUAUAGAUGCUGCUGUAAAAGAACUCUCUUUGGUAUCAACUUCUGAGGAGUUGGAUCGAUUUAAUGCUCUGUUAGAAGUUUGUGGCCAGUCAUCUCCCUCAAAAUUACAGGAUGUAUUUUCCAAAUAUUGUGAUCCAGAAGAGAUUGAAAAAGUUGGCGAAGGGACAUAUGGAGAAGCUUUCAAGGUUGGCAACUGCGUUUGCAAAAUAGUUCCUAUUGAUGGCAACUUACGAGUGAAUGGGGUUGAAGUGCAAAAGAGAUCUGAAGAAUUGCUAGAGGAGGUCGUGCUUUCCCGCACUCUUAAUUACUUGAGAGGAAACGAUGAUAAUGUUCAGAAUGUAUGCACGACAUUUAUAGAAACAAAAGAUUUGAGGGUGUGCCAAGGCUCUUAUGACACUGCCUUGAUCAAAGCAUGGGAAGCUUGGGAUGAAAACUGUCCUUCAGAAAAUGAUCACCCUGAGGCGUUUCCGGAGAACCAGUUCUAUGUCGUGUUUGUUUUAGAGCAUGGUGGCAAAGAUCUGGAAAGCUUUGUGCUUCUGAACUUUGACGAGGCAAGGAGUUUAUUAAUACAGGUUACAGCUGCCCUUGCUGUGGCUGAAGCGGCAUAUGAAUUUGAGCACCGUGAUCUCCACUGGGGAAACAUACUUUUGAGAAGGAGUGGUUCAGUUACAAUGCAGUUCACUCUUGAAGGAAAGCAGAUGCUCAUACGCACAUUUGGAUUAGCAAUAUCAAUCAUUGAUUUCACUCUUUCAAGAAUCAAUACUGGCGAAGCCAUACUCUUUCUAGACCUAUCUUCAGAUCCUGAGCUUUUCAAUGGUCCAAAAAGCGAUAAACAAUCAGAAACUUACAGGAAAAUGAAGAAGGUAACACAAGACCACUGGAAGGAAAGCUUCCCUAGAACAAAUGUGUUGUGGUUGCUGUACUUGGUGGACAUAUUACUCCUAAACAAAGCAUUUGAUCGUACUUCGAAGGAUGAGAGAGAUUUGCGCGCGUUGAAGAAGCGGCUUGAUCAAUAUCAGUCAGCAAGAGAAGCACUUUUUGAUCCUUGUUUCAGUGACUUGUUUGUUGGUUGUGAUAGUUGAGUUCUAAUUGAGGGAGGACAUUGUAUUGUACAUGUUUAGACUUUAGAUAAACAAAAGUUCAGUGCUUUGUUCAUUUCUAGGACUUGGUAGGAUAAUCUAAAUUAGAAUUUAGUGAACCAGAUGUCAGUGACUCUUCCUUGUGUAUAUAUAUCCUUUUGAAACAAGUCUUAGUCGUGACCUAUGCAUACAUUUCAA